AUGUCUAUCACUUUCAGAAGUUUGGAUUCUGGAAUCGAUGUUACGUUGUUAACAGCACCUCCCGCCGACCACAUGAUCACGCUCUCCAUUGGACUGACGAUGAACAACAUGGAUGAACUGGACGAAAGACUCAAGGCGGUCUCGACUCCAGGAAGUCCGCUCUAUGGCAAAUACCUUGACAAGCACGACAUCGAAUCUCUUUUCUUUCCAUCAACUGAUGCAUACAAAAAUGUCACUAGCUGGCUGCGAAGUAAUGGUGUUGAGAAAAUCUCACAGCAGGGAUCGAGCAUUAACUUUGCGACUACAGUCGCAAACGCGAACAAGUUACUCAACACCGAAUUCGCCUACUAUGAUAUCGAAGGUGUGAAAAAACUUCGAACGAGGCAAUAUGAUGUGCCUGAUGAGGUGGCAGAUCAUAUCAACCUAAUUCACCCCACGACUUAUUUUGGCAAAUCGAGAUCCAUGAUGAAUACAAGGGAACUGGUGCAGGUGUCUCAACGAGAGACGACACCGUCUUACUCUAAUACGACAACCAAUUGCUCCACCCUACUGCAACCAUAUUGUUUCCGCGACGCUUAUGGCGUGGAGGACUAUACUCCAGACGAAAACAGUGGCAGUCGUGUUGCAUUUGGUAGUUUCCUAAACAAUUCCGCACGUUUAGAGGAUUUCCAUUUAUACCAAAAUGCAUACGGCAUCCCAGAGUCAAAUUUCUCUACGGAGAUAAUCAACGGAGGGUUGGAUCACCAAGACAUCAACGGUAAAAUCGGGGAAGCCAACCUCGACUCUCAACUACAGAGCGCAAUGACGUAUCCUCUCCCACAGAUACAAUAUAUCACCGGAGGAAAGCCACCAUUUGUUCCAAGUGUUAUUACUCCUGACGAGGAAAGUAAUACAAACGAGCCUUGGCUGGAUUUUUACGAAUUCUUAAUAAACAAGACCAACGACCAGCUACCACAGGUUAUCUCGAACUCCUAUGGCGAGGAUGAACAGACAGUGCCACCCGAGUACGCUCGGCGGGUGUGUAACUUAAUAGGUGUAUUGGGGUUGCGUGGGAUUUCUGUUCUCCAGUCCUCUGGGGAUGGCGGAGUUGGAGUUCCGUGUAUCUCGAAUGAUGGAAAGAACCACACUGAAUUUUCACCGCAAUUCCCCGCAUCCUGCCCCUAUGUCACAUCUGUCGGCGGUACUCAGUCCUGGGCUCCGGAGAUUGGAUGGUCCGGAAGCAGCGGCGGUUUCAGUAAUUAUUUUGCCCAACCUUGGUACCAAACGGGUGCUGUCAAUACUUAUUUGGACUCUGGCAUCAACCUUGAGGCGAAGGAAUAUUACGAAGCCGGCGCAUACGCAAAUUUCUCGGGAAGGGCUUUCCCUGACAUCUCGGCGCACAGCUAUCACCCCAACUAUGCAUUCUAUAUAGCCGAUGCCGCAGAAGAAGGAGCUGGAACAUCGGCUGCCGCUCCCGUUGCAGCAGGAGUGAUCGCUUUGCUGAACGACGCUAGACUCCGCGCUGGAAAACCAACCAUGGGGUUUCUUAACCCAUUUCUUUACAGUCUUGAGAUGGGCCCUCUCAUUGACGUUACCUCAGGAACGUCAACAGGCUGUACUGGGACUACAGCGAGAACAGGGAAAGAAAUUCCAGGUGCUGGUGUCAUACCCAACGCGACGUGGAAUAGUACGAUUGGUUGGGAUCCUGUGACUGGACUGGGCUUGCCAUACUUCAAGGAGAUGGUCAAGGUCGCUAUGAUGAUUGUUUAA